AUGACCGUCUCCUACACACUGAAAGUGGCCAACUCCCGCUUUGGAGGUUUCUCCAAGCUGCUCUUCCGCUGGAAGGGCAGCAUCUACAAGCUGCUGUACAAGGAGUUCAUCGUCUUCGUGGUGCUGUACACCAUGCUCAGCAUCAUCUACCGGCAGCUGCUGACCAAGGAGCAGAAGCGCCUCUAUACCAAAGUGGCUCAAUAUUGCAAUCGCUCCACGGACCUCAUCCCCAUGUCUUUUGUCCUAGGUUUUUAUGUGACCCUGAUCGUGAACCGGUGGUGGGCCCAGUACACCAGCAUCCCCCUGCCCGACCAGCUCAUGUGCGUCAUCUCCAGCAACGUCCACGGCAAGGACGAGAGGGGCCGGAUCCUGCGGCGCACCCUCAUCCGCUACGCCAACCUGUCAGCAGUGCUCAUCCUGCGCUCCAUCAGCACCAGGGUGCUCAAGAGCUUCCCCACCAUGGACCAUGUGGUGGAAGCGGGUUUCAUGACACAGGAUGAGCACAAGAAGUUUGAGAGCCUCCACUCUGACUUCAACAAGUACUGGAUCCCCUGCGUGUGGUUCACCAAUCUGGCUGCCCAGGCCAGGCGGGAUGGCCGCAUCCGUGAUGACGUGGCCCUCCGCCUGCUCAUGGAUGAGCUGAAUCUCUACCGGGCCAAGUGCAGCAUGCUGUUCCAUUACGACUGGAUCAGCAUCCCCUUGGUGUACACACAGGUGGUCACCAUCGCUGUCUACUCCUUCUUUGCCUUCUGCCUCAUCGGGCGGCAGUUCCUGGAGCCACUAGAGCCAGGGCAGGAGGGGGACCUGGACAUGUACAUCCCCCUCUCCACCCUCCUCCAAUUCUUCUUCUAUGCUGGCUGGCUGAAGGUUGCAGAGCAGAUCAUUAACCCCUUUGGAGAAGACGAUGAUGACUUUGAGACCAACAAGCUGAUAGAUAGGAACCUGCAGGUGUCCCUGCUCUCGGUGGAUGACAUGUACCAGAACCUGCCCCCGGCUGUGAAGGACAAAUACUGGAAUGAAUCCACAGCUCAGCCCCCUUACACCACAGCCACAGCCGCUGAGACCUUGAAGCCCUCAUUCCUGGGCUCCACCUUUGACAUGUGCCUUUCAAAAGAAGAGUAUGAAUUCAAACCUACAGGGAUCAGACAACUGAGAAUACAGUCCACAUCUCACACUCAUCACCCCACCAAACAUUCCCCAACUUCCCUGGCACUGAAUUAAACUUGACUAAGUAAAAUGCAUUUAUUUUUCAUCAGUCCAACUUCCUGUUGUUGCUAGAAAUAGAAAUCCAUUCAUUCCAGGAUGAAACACUGGCAUCUGUGGCCUUGCUGGAGCUCAUCUCAAAUAAAACUAAGCAAUUGUAAGAACUAAAUUUCUGGACUGGAAAAUGCCUCAGCAGAGGCCAACUAACCCCAUACACCGGGCUCAACCCUGUUUGUCCUUACUAGAAUUACUGACUUAAGCUGUGUUGAAUGGAACUGCUCUGCAACACAUACUAGAAACUGGUUUUAUAGGUUGAGGGUUUGGGUUAAUUGAGAAGGGAAACUGGUGGUUUCACCUUUUAAGACCCACUUGAUGCAGUCAUUCUUAGCUACUAGACUUGAAUGUUUAGAAGUUGCCUGCCUUGAAGAUACAGCCCUGCAUAUGUGCAAAAGUCAGGCACAAGGCAGGUUUUCUCCCAUUCACUCAUGUACCUCAUCCUUGUUCUGCAAGGAACACUCAGGUCUCUUUGCUU